GUGCCCACACAAAGGAGGAAAAUGGAAGCCAGUUCUGGAACAGUAGUCCUACUGUUGAUCUUUGCGCUGCUCCUGACAGAGUCACAGGGAUCCAGGAGCCAGGGAACCCACACUCUGCGCUAUGAUGUCACAGCCUGUUUUCUGGAGGGCUCUGAGCAGACCGGGCUCCUGGUCCUAAUAUACGUAGACGAUGAGCUCUUCCUGAGGUACAAUGGAGACAGGAGGAGUGCAAAGCCCUGGGCAUGCUGGAUUAAGGGCCUUGGGGGAGAUGAGACAUGUGCAAGAGAGGCUGAGAAUCUGCCGAAGGAGGAGGAGAGACUCAGGGAGAUGAUGGCUGAGAUGAUAAACCAGAAGGGCCACGACAAAGGCCCAUACACUCUUCAGGCAACCUUGGGCUGUGAGCUUCAAAGAAACGGAAGCAGUAGAGGCUUCUGGCACCUGGGCUACGACGGGCGGAACCUCCUCACCUUCGACCAAAAGACUCUCACAUGGACGAUGUAUGUGCCCUUCACCCAGCAGAAGAAGACGUUCUGGGAGCCACGUGCACCCAGGGCUGACCUAGUUAAGACGUUCUUGGAUGACACAUGUCCUGCUCGGCUCCAGAGACACCUGGCUUCCUUGAGUAAUGUUCUGCCGGAUACAGGUUCCCCGGUGGUGAUCGUGACCUGCAGGAAUUAUCCCGUGGGCAGGAUCACGCUGACAUGCCGGGCUUUUAAUCUGAGUUCCCGUGUGGCCACCCUGCUCUGGCUUCGGGAUGGGAAGCCGGCACAGCAGGAUGUCUUUGGGCCUGGGACCCUCCUGCCCAGUGGGGACGGGACCUACCAGACCUGGGUGUCCAUUCGGGUUCUUCCUGGACAGGAACCACAGUUCGCCUGCAACCUGAGGCAUAGCAACCGCAGCAUCAUGCAGACCGCUGUCUCUGGCGAGAGCAUGGGAUGGCCAUCCGCCUCAUGGGCUACGAGGCAAGAGCAGGAAGGACCCCAUAGAACACACAAUGACCACGUGGUUGAUGGCGGACUGGUUACGGGGAACGCUAAUAAGGACAGUCCGGAUGCUUCCAGCUGUGCUACAGCCUCAGCCAUAUCUGCGUUCCCCGUUGUCAUGUUGUCUGUGGCACUGCCCAGAGCCAACUGAAUCCAGAGCCCAAAGGACAAGAAACUUCCAGGUAAGGAACUCC